AUGGCGAGCAUUCAAUCAGAGAAGGACUUUUCAAAGGAGGCUAUCGACCUCGAAUCCAAUCGAUACGAAUACGAUCCAUGGCUUCUUGACGAUCAUCCUUUGCGCUCCUAUCCGACAGAGUGCAUCCCGGGACUGGGAGCCUAUCUAGAUGAGUCUAUAGGAAAAGGGAAGAAGGCCCUUCUCCGCGUUGGAUGUUUAUUGAUCGGGUGCUUAGCUGCAUUCCAACUGAUUCGAUUCCUACCGACCACUACCAGGUCCCUUCCGCACGAACCGUCCGCACAGAUCCACAUGCGUCCUCAGGCUGAUACUUGCACCUUUCCCGCGUCCGAUACACGACCACAGGCUCUCGGGUCAUCUCUCACUGCGGGAUGUGAAGGAGUGCGAAUGAAUGUCUGGUUGCACAAUGGCGAGCUGCAGGUUGGAAACGCAGUCACAAGCCCCAACCUGGACGCUCUGUUCAACCGACUUGACCUCGACCCACUGCUUGCCAGACUCGAUGAGGUAGUUGCCAGUGUGCCCGGCAAAAACCUUGCCGAAUCCCACACUGAUUCACUUGGGACUUUCACUUUGAUGCUUGAUGCCAAAGACUCUCUCCGCGAGCUAUACCCUAUUCUUGUUGGGCAAUUGGAUGAACUUCGGCAACGAGGCGCUCUGUCUCAUUGGGAUGGCGAGUCCAUCGUCGAGCGCCCGAUCACUGUCGUUCUCGUGAGCGAUGACACAGCCGCUAGCAAUUGCGUUAAUUUUUCUUACUCCGACAUCUUUUGGAUCGCCUUCCCAGGGCAUGAAGCGGCGAGUUCCCCUGGAAGAGAUGGCCUCCAGCAGCUAUCGCCUAUCUGUAUGGUCUGA